UUUUUUUUGACAUCAUGAACAUGUCACAAUGCGCCUGAAUUCCUACAGCGUUCUGGCAAUGAUGGCGACCGGUGCUCUGGCAGCAGAGACCAUUCAGCUUGACUUUAGAUAUGCUGGCUGCUACGAAGACGACCCCAGUGGAAACAAUCACAUCUUCCCAGUGAACCUGGGGACGCUGUCAGAGGUCGUCGAGAAAACCGGGCAGCAGGGAACUCUGGAGGCGUGCCUGCAAAUGUGCGAUUCAUACGGCUUGACCGCCUGUGGAGUAAUACCUCAGAAUAAAGUGACAAAUGGCGGGGGACUCUGUUUGGGAGGGCCAUGGACGGGGGACUGGCGGAAAGGUGGAGUAAUUCCGGAUCAAAAGUGCUCAACACCUUGUCCGCUGCGCGGAAAGAUAGACGGUGGAUGUGGUGGAUUUAGGGCGCUCGGUUUAGGCUUCAAUAUCGCCGUGUACGAAGUCGGUAGAGGCAAUGGAAGCAUCUCAUAUCAAGGUACUCCUUCCACCCCGCUACCCCCUGAAGUUGCCCCCGAAGAUAGAGCCAAAAAAUGGUACUUGGAAGGAUGCUAUCAAUCCGUCAAGGGACCUCCGGGACUGUCAACCAUUCUGACUCAUGAUGUUCCACCAGAAGACUGUCUCGCAAUAUGUGCCCAGCGGGGUCUGGAUGCAUGUUCGAUUGGACCUGGAGGGCGCAUUUGUUUUGGAGAUACAGUCAAUGCCACUCAAUGGCAGAAAUCUCCACCAUCAGAAUGUGAUAACGCUUGUCGUUACAAGGGUACUGGGCUCUACAAUAGUUGCGGGGGGAACCGUGAUAACGGCAUACGCAUUUCCUUGUAUAAGCAAGGGCAACUGCCCAAUGAACUAUUGCCACCGCCAUCAGCACCUGUCGCCGCUAGUACCUCGCAGUCAACGGGAACCGACAAUAGCCAACGUGGCAUGUCCGCGGGAGCCAUUGUUGGAAUCGUGCUGGCGGUCCUCAUACUUUUGGGAACAUUUCUUUAUAUUCUUCGGCGCCGAGCCAUAUCGCGUACGCAUUUUGACGACAAACUUAAACCUAAUUUUUCAAAGCGGUUUUCACCCCAACCCAUGGCCUGGGAACUUCCAAAGAUUCGCCCCAUCUCCUCAUACGAUCCACCAUCUUGGAUACCAGACAGUGCCAAGAUUGCGCCAUUGCCUGCAUGCCUUGAACUGUCUCCCUCGAAAGGCACCCUUCCGAGAGCGUCUACUGUUCGGACUAACGUCAAUAGUGCGAAAAUGAUUGCCUCUUCCACCACGCUAUCAACACCCAGCGACAUCAAUGCCUUUAACCUUCCAACCUCAUCCCCAGCGGUGCCUACUCAUUCCAACGGGCACGUGUCAGCCGUUGAUGUAACUGUAAUUAAACCUUUGGCACAAGGUUCACGGGCACAUGUUGCGCCCUGGGAAGCUUGAUUCCGGUCAUUAUUUAGUGUUAUCUCGUAUUUGUAGAAUAUUAUAGAAUAGAGUACAUGUUGUAUUACAUAUAUGCGACAUGGAGUAAAUGUAUUUAUCUUCUGCCCUGCUGUGCAGGCGGAUAAGCAUACAGAGAAUCAUAUAACUCAUAUUUCACGA